AUUCCCCAACCCAACCCGUAAACCGCUCCUCUCCCACUUCUUCAUUUCUUCUCUUCCACUGCUUAAUGAACCUAUAAAAGCAUACACAUACACACAGAGGCACACAGCCCCAACUGCACCGACCCCCAUCAAACUUAAAAUUUUUAGAGAGAGAGAGAGAGAGAGAGAGAGAGAGAAGAGUUGGGAAUGAGUCCUUCAACAAAACCAGAAGACAUUGAAGAAAACCAAGAGGAUCAACACCACCACUUCCAUGUCUUAGCUGUAGAUGAUAAUCUCGUUGAUAGAAUGCUCUUGGAGAGGCUCCUUACUGUUUCUUCCUACCAAGUAACUUGUGUGGAAUCUGGUGAUAAAGCUUUGGAAUAUUUGGGUUUGCUUGGAAAUGUUGAUCUUGAUGAUUCUACCUCGUCUUCUUCAUCUUUUGCACCCCCAGAACAUGAGGCACAGAGUGUGAAGGAGAAAGUCAACUUGAUCAUGACUGACUACUCUAUGCCCGGGAUGACUGGCUAUGAUUUGCUGAAGCGAGUCAAGAAAUCAUCUUGGAAAGACAUUCCAGUGGUGGUAAUGUCGUCGGAGAAUGUGCCUUCCAGAAUCAACAUGUGUUUGGAAGGAGGAGCAGAGGAGUUCUUGUUAAAGCCUGUUCAGUUGUCAGAUUUGGAGAAGCUUCAACCCCAUCUUCUGAAAUCCCUGACAUGUAAAUGCAACAGUGCCAGCACCACCACCAACAACAAUGACAGUACCAGCAACUCUAACAACAAUGGCAUUAACAUAAACUGUAACAGAGACAACAGCAUUGAUAACAAUAGGAAACCAGUGUCCCCUGACCCACCAGAGAGAAUACCCAAACUCAAAGGCUUAACCGUGAUGUAAUUGUACCUAUAGAACUGUUUUACUUUGUGUUAUAGUACUAGAGAUGCAUAUCUUUAUUAGAUGACAACUACUCUCUCCUCUCUUCCCUCCCACCCCCAUCCACACCACCCAAACAUUUAAAGGAAAAAUGUUUUACUGAUAGGAAGUAGAGGAAGCUAUGAGGCAUUUUAUGUAUAUUACUUCAUUACUUAUAACUUGCCAUGUAACUGAAAGAGCAAAAAUACACUUAAAGCUCACAUAUCUUUAUCUUUUA